AAUCUGAAAAACUACUUCAAAAAAAAGCACGUGAGCUCUAUAACUUUAAACAUUAUAUAUAAAUAUGUCUUCAUACAGGAUAUUACAUUUGAAGAUAUCACAAUUAUCUUUGUUUUUUUAUAAUAUUUUACAAAAUUCAAUAAUCAUUAUUAUCAUUUUUACCGUCGUUAUCAUUGUUAUCAUUGUUAUCAUUGUUAUCAUUAUUACCAUCGCCAUCAUUAUCAAUGAACGAGCAAAUGUAAUUAAAUUUCAACUUAUAACAAAUCUUCUAAUAUUAGUUUAACAAUAUUACUUCAAAAUCAAACGACAUUUGCUCAAUAACUAGCCAAAUUCAGUUUGAUAUUCUUUAUAAAAUUCCACCUAUUACUCUUUUAUUCUGGCUAACAGCACCACAUCCAUAAACACAACUUCAAAUUCAAU